ACAAACACAGUGCCUGCUGAAUGCCAUUGCCAAUUCCCUCGUUCUCGUUACCUCUCACUCAUUCACUCUCUCUCUCUUCACUUCCGCUUUCUCUCUCUAGACUCCGACUCCGAUAAUCCAGAUUCUGCUAGAUCCCAUGGACCAUUCCUCUCGCCGGAGACAUAGUUCCCGCCGGGAUCCCUUCACUCGCCGCCGAUCAUGGUGCUGCUCGUUCGCCGUGCCGCCGUCGAGCCCCGACAGCAUCUCAAUCCACCAUUCCAAGACGCUUCGCCACGGCAAGACCGAGACCCUCGCGAAGCUACACAGUAGUAACUCGGUCCCCAACUCACCUCAGAGUUCCAAAUCGGGGUUAGGGUUGGUCGGCCGGAUCGAUCCUCGCCGGAUCUUGUCUCCGGGGAGGGUUUCCCCGAUCGAUUCCGAUCCUACGGUUGAUUCGAUCCAGGAAAUGGCUGUUGAAUCACCGGCGGCCGUAGAUUCCGCUCCGCCGGCGAGAUCUGAGAGCUUUAGGGCUCCAAGCGAGAGGUUCAGGCCCCAGCCGGAGAAAUCUUCGUGUUGCGGAGGCAAUGCGUUUGAUGUGAGACUGAAUUUGAGGGGAAAGAAGGGGGGAUUGUUGGUUCUGGAGCUGAACUCGGAGGUUUUGUGCGCGAAUUCGGAGGUAUUUGCGGGAUUGAUAGAGGAAUACAGGAAGGGGACGUCAAUGGCGUCUUCUUCGGGGUCGAAAAUGUGUCGAAUAGAGGUUCCCGAGGUGGAGAACUUGGCAAUGUUCAGAGAAACGAUUGAGCUUAUGUUUGAGGAAGAUGAUAUCACAAACCGCCUUCUCAAGAUCGGAGUUUUUCGAGCUAUUGAUGUGCUUGAGGUGUCAGCAGGUAUCAUGUUCUCUAAAGGUGUUUUGUCCUGUUUAAAGUAUCUUGAGGCUGUUCCUUGGACCGAGGAAGAAGAGGAGAAACUAAGGGAUCUCUUUACAAGGUUCAAGUUUGAUGAUGUGACAACCAGAGACAUCUUGGCCAGACUUUAUUUGCUCGAUUCACCGGAUUCCGAACAAAAUUUAAGCAGACAAUUGAUUUGGUCUAUCACCUCCAGUACAGAUGCGAUGGCGAGGAAUGAGUUAAAGUCAUUAGUUAAAGGUCUUCUUUGCAAAAGUUCAGUCUAUGAGAAGGACCAACCUGAUCUCAAUAAGGAGGAUAUUUAUGCUAUCUGCCAAUCUUGUUUGGAUUCACUUGUCAUCCUGUUCGAGGAGACCUCUGAAACUGUCUCUCCUGAGAAAUUGGUGAAGAAGGAUUCACGGAAGCCUUUGAUUGAACGGAUAUCAAGACAAGUCGAUAAUAUAAACUGGCUGCUAGAAAUCUUGCUCGAUCGGCAAAUGGCUGAGGAGUUUGUGGACAUGUGGGCAAAUCAGGAAGAACUGCUUAAAAUGCAUGAGAAUGCAUCUCCAAUGGUGAGGUAUGAGCUUAGUCGGGUUUCAGCAAUAUUAUUCAUUGCUCUGGGAACCAGAAAACUACAUUGCCGGACAGAAUCAAGAUCAGGGCUUCUCCAAGCAUGGUUUGGCCCAAUGCUGUCAGACUUCGGUUGGCUGCAACGUUGUAGAAAGGGGCUUAGCACAAAGGUGUUGGAGGAAGCUAUGGGUCAGGCACUCCUUACCCUUCCCUUGAAGCAGCAGUAUCUGCUGUUUAUGGAAUGGUUUCGAAAUUUUUCCAAGCACGGCACGGAAUGCCCUAAUCUCAGCAAAGCCUUCCAGAUAUGGUGGCGCCGUUCCUUUCUACGAGGCUCUGAAACUCACGCUAUUGAAUCCAGGUAACUUGAUAGCAUCGUUUUCUGUGAUAUUUAUUGCCCGUGGAGGUGAAGAAUUCUGAAACAUCUUUAGGAGGACAAUAAUGUAGAAUACGUAUGUAGGAUAGUUGUAACAGCUGUUAUAGUGCAUGAAAGGCAGCAUAAUUUCUGUGAUUA